CAUGUGUAAUUGUGAUUUGGUUUUGCAAUAGAGACCUUCAUCUACUUCUGUGAAGAAUGCAAAAUGAACCCUGUAUCUGCAUUCUGGGUCAGAGCCUCUGCAGAGUUUGCAAAUUAUUCUUGUGGACAUGCCAGUGUUAUGCUAAAUGGAGAGAUAAGCAAACCAUUCGAUCCCACCAGCUACUUUGGAUCCAUUGAAGUUAGGAAGCUCAUGUAUCCCAGAGUGCAAAGCCUGACUGUUAUUCUUGUUACCAAAAACAAUAACGUAGAUUGCAGCCAUGAGUCUCUGCAGGUGCUACGGAACAUCCUGGAUCCAGAAAUUUCUUUAUACUGCCAUUCAGUUAAAGAAUCGAGGAUACAGGAGUGUAUAGAAAUGGGCACAACCACCAAAGUCUGUUGGAGUUAAAACUACUAGAGGCUGUUAAAAAAUAUAUAUAUAUAUACAGUAUAUAUAUUCUUCUUUCAUGUAUUUGCUAACUUUUUUUAACAUGUUC